CGCAUCUACAUCGUUCCCCAAUCCGUUCUCCGCCCUAUAAAGACACCCUCUCCCUUUCUGUCUCCCUCACACACUCCUCCAGCGAUUGCACAACUAGAAGUUAUCCAGCGAGUAUCCUGAGCGGCUCGACGUCAGCGAGGGCCUCCCCGCGCUCACCGGCCAACUGCCCGGCACCUUUUGAGCGUACACACUGUGUGGCUUUGUUAGCUAGCCGGCGGGAGUCUGCAGUCUGCUUGCUCCGGCACUAGCUAGCUAGCUCAUCCCGGCCGGCCAGCGACGCAGCAGCGGCUAGGAAGACGAUGUCGAGCAGAAGGUCGUCGCGCGGCGCCAUCUCCGAGGAGGAGAUCAACGAGCUCAUGUCCAAGCUCCAGUCUCUGCUCCCCAACUCCCGCCGCCGCGGCUCCAGCCAGGCGUCGACGACGAAGCUGCUGAAGGAGACGUGCAGCUACAUCAAGAGCCUCCACCGGGAGGUGGACGACCUCAGCGACCGGCUGUCGGACCUCAUGUCGACCAUGGACCACAAUAGCGCCGAAGCGGAGAUCAUCCGCGGCCUCCUCCGCUCGUGAUCGUACUACAGCGCCGGCCGGUCGAUCGGCGAGAGCUCAACCGCCAGGACAAUUAAGCGGCGGCGGCGACAUGGGUCUCUCCGGCCAGCCGGACACGUACGAGAGCUUUGCUUAGCUAGGGUAUAUAUAUCGUCCUCCACAUAUUUAAAUAUGUACCGUCUCUUUUCUGCUCCCUUUCUGCCUAGAUCUGAUCGUGUAGAUCGAAAAAUGUACUACGUGUCUCUAAGCUUCACUCCGUCUGUACUACGUAGGGCAUUAGCUUAGCUAGCGUUCCUACCUUGGGCCAAAGCUUAUCCUCGCGCGCUGGCUGCUGCUUGAGCUAAUCUCUC